CAGAACUACCACAGAUGCUAUGAUUUCUCAUUGGAAGGCACAGACUUCCCAGUUGUGGCCAAGAUGUGUUCAUGGUCAGUGUGAGGGAAAGGUGAGCAAACAGGAAUUUCAAGAUCUGAACCUGGUGUCUACCAGGGAGGAUGCAAGUUCGCACUGGCAGAGGCAGCAGGUGCAGGUUUGCAUUCUGUGUACAAAAGACACUGCAGAAAGUCUCCUCUAUUAAGACUUUGCUUCACGAUGUCUUACCAGGACUGAAAGCAAACUGAAGGGAAUUGGAAGAGCAACGUCUUCCCCCAGUAAACUACAGCGAGUUUUUACUAUUUUCCCAUUAUGGUUAAGCUAAACUGGUGACUUAUCUUUAGUACUCUAGUGUGGACAUCUGUAGUUGAGUGCUUUGCUCAAGUGAAUUGGGGGACUUACUAUUUUAUUAAUUCCUUAUUAAUUUUGCCUGUAAUGUGGUAACUUUUCUGCUUUUAGAGCUUGUCUUCCCUUAGACUUCAAGACUGAAGCUGAAGGGCUGGGAGCUGUUGCUGCUCUGCUCUGAGACUGCAGAUAACCUUAAUAGUGAUUGUGAUUUACUGCUUGCAUUACUUUGCAUUGCAGCUGCAGGGAACAGGCGUAUUAAAUGCAGAGCUGAAGUCAUCCUCUGGAAAGGAUGUGUGUUCUGAAAGGAUGAAAGUUGUCUGUUCUGGAAAGGGCCCCACUGGUAAUGCAAAGUUAUGAGUGAUUAAUGGGGAAGCGAUACGUGAAAUAAAUGUAGCUCCAGAGCUCAUAGGUUAAAAUCUGGUGUUGAAUUUCUGCUGAGAACUAAAUGACUUCAAUCUGUUUUUAGGUGUCUUUGUCUCCAGUGUUGUUCUGGUCUUACAACAGCGAGCACUUUUCAAGUUUUAUAUGAUCGCCUCGGCAUUCCUGCUGGCUGCAACUUCAGUGUUGGUGAAUUACUAUGCUGCUUUGCACAUAAACUUCUACAGUGCCUACUACACAGCUGCAUUCGGAAUCCAGAUCUUCCCUCAUAAAGGACCUUCACUAUGGAUGGCGCUUUCCAUCCUUCAGCUGACCUUUGGAAUCGGAUAUGUUACACUGCUGAACGUGCAGUCCAUAUACUCUCAACUCAUCAUCCUGGAUAUACUGAUUCCUGUCAUUGGCUUGGUUGUUGAAUUACCUUUAAACGUCCGGCAGAUACUAGUUUUUAUUUCAGGCCUGGUUCUGACACUAAACACCACAGCCAUUUUAGUGAUGAAAAUUAAAUGGUUCUAUUACUCAGUGCGCUAUGUUUAUCUGCUGGUGAGGCACAUGUAUCGCAUUUACGGAUUACAGCUCUUGAUGGAGGAUACAUGGAAAAGGAUUCGGUUUCCAGCUGUACUGCGUGUCUUCUGGCUAACGAGACUUACAGCCCAGGCUGUGGUAUUAACAUAUGUUGUAAAGAUGGCAGAAACUAAUACAGAAGAGAAAUUCUUCUUGAUAUCGUGGGAUAACUGCUGGGAACUGCUCUGCAGCCUGAUCAUAAGUGGCUGCGACUCCACUUUAACUGUGUUAGGCAUGAGCGCUGUCAUCUCCUCCAUCGCGCAUUACCUGGGGCUCGGCAUCUUGGCCUUCAUCGGCUCCACUGACGAGGAUGACAAAAGGCUGGGGUUUGUAGCACCUGUCUUGUUCUUCAUCUUGGCUCUGCAGACUGGUUUGAGCGGGCUGAAGCCAGAAGAACGGUUGGUUCGCCUGAGUCGAAACAUGUGCCUUUUGUUGACCGCAGUCCUGCAUUUCAUCCAUGGCAUGACAGACCCUGUGCUCAUGUCUCUCAGUGCCUCCCACGUGUCAUCGUUUCGCAGACACUUCCCUGUCCUGUUGGUUUCCGCUUGCCUUUUCGUCCUCCCGGUUCUGCUCAGUUACAUCCUCUGGCACCACUAUGCACUAAACACGUGGCUUUUUGCCGUGACGGCGUUCUGUGUCGAGCUCUGCCUCAAAGUAAUAGUUUCUAUCACUGUUUAUAUAUUGUUUAUGAUCGAUGGCUACUAUAACGUGCUAUGGGAAAAACUUGAUGAUUAUGUCUAUUACGUUCGGUCAACUGGCAAUAUUAUUGAGUUUAUCUUUGGAGUGAUCAUGUUUGGGAAUGGAGCUUACACAAUGGUAUUCGAGUCGGGCAGCAAGAUCCGUGCUUGCAUGAUGUGUCUACACGCGUACUUCAACAUCUACCUGCAAGCAAAGAACGGCUGGAAGACGUUUAUAAACCGCCGGACUGCUGUGAAGAAAAUCAACUCACUUCCAGAGGUAAAAGGAAGUCGGUUACAAGAAAUAGAUGAUGUCUGUGCAAUCUGCUACCACGAGUUCACCACCUCUGCUCGCAUUACUCCAUGCAACCAUUACUUUCAUGCACUUUGUCUUCGGAAGUGGCUGUAUAUCCAGGACACUUGCCCCAUGUGCCAUCAGAAAGUGUACAUUGAGGACAAGGAAAAUGCCAGUGUUUCCAACAACAACGGGUUUGUGGCACCCAAUGAAAACCCUGUAGAAGCUGCAGAAGAAGCUGCUGAUGCUGAAAAUGAAGUAAAUGAGGAUAACGACAGUUCUGACAGUGAAGAGGAAGACAGUGACUGUGUGGCACAGCACUUGACUGAGACUCUGAAUGCUGACUCUAACUCUCUUGGUGAAUAAUGCCCUUUGCUAAAGCCGUGAGGUAUGUUUAAAGUUGACUUCCAACAAUAAAAGUAUCACUUUGUAGUUAUUGUACUUAAGCACAACAGCAGUAUCUCAGUGUUGAGUCUGUGAACAGUGGUUGUUUACUGUGGUGUGUGCUACUGUAAAUAUACCUCUAAUUUUUGCUGGUCUCUUUCAUGGCCACCUGAAAAUUAUGUACAUUAUUGUACAUGGAAUAAAAUGUUUUCACGUUUUUAAGAUGGUUGGAAAACUACUCUUUAAUUGAUGUAGUGACGAUGCUGUGCCAAAGACUGUAUACCAGUAAUCCCCCAUCCAUGAGUUCUGGAUGCAAAUGAAAAAUCCUGGUGAAAACAGACUUGAGCAGGUCAAAUCAGUAACGAAAAGCCUGAGCCAAAGCAGCUUUACUUACAGACUCAGUAUUAGCAGAGCUUUAGUGCUAAAAACUAGUGAGUUGUAUUUAAAAUAAGUAAUAAUUUAGGUUGGUAAGUGUAAUGUUUUAGCACCUGGGUGUGUGGAACAACAGGUGAAACUGCAGAGCUUUCUGGUGAAGUAGCACAGCAUGCCAGCCACGUGUUAAACACUGCUGAAAUAACUACCAGUAGUAGCUUCAAGUGCUCUCCAUGUGAAUGCAGCAGCCUGGUAUUCAUCUUGCAAUGCCUACAGGUGUUAGCAGGAGUUGCUUGUUUGGGCUGGCCUUGAAAUCAAUCCUCAAUCUUGCUGAAAAGGAAAGAGGGCUGAGAAACUGCACCAAUGCAGAGACCACCUUUUCAAAAGCAGCUUUAAUCUUGUACCAUAGGGGAAAAAAAAUAAGCUACAUACUGGCUUCCAUUGAUAAGGACUUGCAGGUAUGAUAAUUUUUAAGGUUUUGCAAUAUAUUUAGUAAAGUUAUACUGAAUAAAUGUAAGAAAAACAACUUUAUAUAUUUGGAAAGAAGACUUUAAUAGUGUUGUUAUAUAGAGUGUUGGCCAACUCAAGCGGGUCGUCUUCUCUUACUGCUGCCAUGAUUUCCAGUAUUUGACUAAAAAAGAAAGAUUGGUGUUAGAAGACUGACACUCAGAGCUGAACAGGCUGGAGGGUGCUGCAUGUGUAUGUACAAGUCACUUAGAUGAACCUGGAAUACAAACCCAUGCUGAGAGCAACAGGGCAGGGGGCUCAGCUACGCAAACAGCUUCACUUCUAAGUCACCAACUGCCCUUCCCUUUACACUGAGCACCGGUUGCGCACUGGUACAGACUCAUCUUUGGUCUUUUGACUUGUUUGGAGGUAAUUAAACGGCUUUCUGGUUCAAA